AGAGGAGGUGGAGGGGGUUAUUGGGACUUGACCCGUGGUGACUUUCAGAACACCCCACCACCACCAAUUGACUUAAGGAGCAGUCACGCCACCGAUAAGGCUUCUGGCCUCCCAAGCCAAGCCCUCUUGGCCUCCUCCUGGGCCUAGUCAUGCAUAGAAUGUCAGACCUGAGCAACAAACUUCGUCAAGCUCCUCCAUUUUCUAGCUGAGGAGACCGAGAUGGCUGACCAGCUGACUGAGGAGCAGAUCGCAGAGUUCAAGGAGGCCUUUUCCCUGUUUGAUAAGGAUGGAGACGGGACCAUCACCACCAAGGAGUUGGGGACGGUGAUGCGAUCCCUGGGUCAGAACCCAACUGAGGCUGAGCUCCAAGAUAUGAUCAAUGAGGUGGAUGCAGAUGGAAAUGGGACCAUUGACUUCCCUGAAUUCCUGACCAUGAUGGCAAGGAAGAUGAAGGACACAGACAGUGAGGAAGAAAUCCGAGAGGCAUUCCGUGUCUUUGACAAGGAUGGGAAUGGCUACAUCAGCGCCGCAGAGCUUCGUCACGUGAUGACCAACCUUGGGGAGAAGCUGACUGACGAGGAGGUGGACGAGAUGAUCCGAGAGGCGGACAUCGAUGGUGACGGCCAAGUUAACUAUGAAGAGUUUGUACAGAUGAUGACCGCGAAGUGAAGGCCCCGGGCAGCUGGUGAUGCCCGUUCUCCUUUGAUCUCUCUUCUCUCUCGCGCGCUCUCUCUCCGACACUCUUACUCGCAUAACCUGGUUCUAAGCCAACCCUGACUGACGACUGAGAAUCCGACAUAAAGCAACACGAGAUUUGUCCCAAGCUGCAUGACUGCUCUUUGAUCUCCCUUCAUUCUUCCUUCUCUGCCCUUGGACAUCCCAGCACCUGAGCUGACCCCUCAGACACACCCUUCCCCACCCCAAAAAACCACACAGGGGAUCUCUGCCUUCGUGGCUCUCCGUGGGUUUCCUCCUCUCCCUUUGAUUUCUCACCCUGUUUUCGGUGGCCAGUGCUGGCCCCGUGCUGGGAGCUGCAGCAGAGUGGGGAAGAGUGUCACACCCUACCUGGGGCAGGAAAGCCAAACCCUUUAGAUGUUUGCAUGCGUCUGGCACUGUGGUUCUGUGUUCAAAACCUUCUGGGGGGGCCAUGGUGAAAGGCCUAGAGGAGUUCCAACAUGAGGUCUUGGGGUGGGUGGUAGGUGGGCAUGAGGAAAAUGUUUGAAAUCAAAGAGAAGGGAAUUCCAGACACUGGUUGGGGGUAGGACGGGUAAAGGAAAUGAGGUAGGGAUGGACAACAUUACAAAACCCAUUGGCUUUUCUUCCCAAAUAAUCCAGCGAUUGGCUCGACCAAGUUUUGGCCUGUGGGAGAGGAGGGGAGAGGUGUCCCUGCUCCCUCGGCACCUUGUAUAAAUUGUAAAUGUCCAUACUCCUAAAGCAGUCUCUUGAGCUGUUCUGUAAAUAUCUGGUGCUAACGUCCCCCGCCGCUCUCCCCACCCCUGCCGGCUUUUCCGCUCCGGUCCCGCUCCAGUCCCGCAGUUUGAGUGAACGUGUCAGUGGUCGCUUGGCAGUGUGCUUGACUCUGAUCUGUUUUUUUCUUCUUCGGACAAAAUCCAUAUAUAGCUUGGGGGUGGGGGGUGACCCAGCUCCCAUUCUUGAUCAUAGCUGCAAUAAGAGCGAUGUAGGAGCCCCCACGAGGGCCCGUCCGUGCUCCCCCUGCCCGGCCCACCGCGCAUCUCUAGUGACUCGCGCUUGUAGCUGUGUGGCGCUCACGUCUGUUGCUAUGUCUCUGCUAGUCAUUCCCUCACUCCGCUGCCAGAUAGCAUGAUCAGCAAACUCUCUUCUUACCAACAGCCGUUUCUCUCUUAAUUAACGUUUGGGAUGAGGAAGGAGCCAUAGGCAGACUGGUCUUUUUUCCUCCUUAGGUUCUUCUUUCCCUCUCUCUCCCUCUCACACCCCCAACCCCCAGUGCCCAGGUGGAUCAAACUGACCCUUCUCAGGCCUGACACGAGAUUUCUCUCUCCUGAACCACCCCCUGGUGCCUUCCUCCCAGGGGAAGGGGAGGUGGAAACCCGGCCAAGGGCCAUGGUGGGCAAGCAAGGUGGGAUGAGGCUAUGGCUAUUGGGGAGUGGUUUUAUUUUGUUUUGUUCUCUUUUUUAAACCGGGCAAUAUUGUGUUCAGUUCAAGCUGUGAAGAAAAAUAUAGAUCAAUGUUUUCCAAUAAAAUACAGUGACUACCUGGG